AUGAAGCCACUGACAGAGCUCAUAUCUCUGUCACCAGAUUUAACAACGAUAAAAGAAGGUUGUGGAGCUAAUGUCGGCAACCAGUCUGACCAAACAAAGAACCUCUGCACCCUCUUCAGAGUAGUUGCUCAGAUAAGGCUUUUCCUCAAGUCUCGAGUUGCGUCUGAUCAUGGACACGUGACAAAAAUCCUUAAUACCAGGAUUGAUUAUAAAACAUUUUUAGAGCUAACUGAAGUUGACAGAAUAUUGCAUAUUGUCGAAGACAAAGAAAAUUCCCUUCCCCCACUGUUUAGUUGGCUUAACAGCGAAGUCACUAAAACAAUCAACGACAGAUUUAAAGGCGUUAGAACGUAUUUCCAAAAGGUUGAAAGCUUCAACAGAGAUAAAGCACGUGCUGAUGUAGAUUUCGUUAAUGGAAGGUUAGAAUUGUUUAGGAAAAGUGUUUCGACACUGAGUAAAGAAUUAGGGACAAACACUGAUGACCUCAUAAAUGGAGCAAUCACGGCUAUCACCCUGGAGAUAGCUGAAGAUACCGUUCAAGUUGGUCUAGCUACUGCUGUGGCAUUAAAUCCUCUUGAGAAGCUCUUCGAAGGGACAAGCGCGGGUGAUCUUAUGGAUCGCAGUGCCAAACUGCUCGAUUCAAUGACUAAAGCAGGCGAGCUUGUCCAUGUGAAACGCUCUUUUGAUCGACUAACAAAAAAGACCGUUGAAAUAUCAGGCAAGUUUCAAGAUAAUGCCAAAUUUCUUGAGUCUGUAAAAAAAAUCGUCGAUAAUAUUGGAAAUGAAGAGUCAUCCUCCAUUUUUCAAUCAGAGAAGCAAAAAUUCAUUAGAGACUAUACGGCCUAUGAUCCGAAGGUUACUAGGCCAGAGUUGACAGCCAUGACAGCAACCUGGACUGACCUUAUUGAAGCCACCUGUGAUGUUAUUAUGAAUACGGAAGCGCUGAUUGCUGGAACAGACAAGUUAACUGUAAGGGCGUCUGACUUAUGUCCCGAAACAAAGUUGCUUGCAGAGAGAAUGAUCGAAACCUAUGCAGAGAUAUACGAUUUUCAGUUUGAGCUCAUUGAGGCACUAGCGACUUAUAUGAGGGCUGCUACAUCCAUUGAUGCCGCUUCAAGCAUAACAGCCGGGUACGAGCAGCUCCCUGCUGGGCAGAAUUCAAGCAACAAUGCUGUCAACAAAUUGAGAGUUGUGGGCUUGACUUCCUAUAUAUCGUAUAAGAUCAACAUUUGGCAGGCUACAGAGGCAUACUGCGACAUUUUGGAGUAUAAAGAAGGCGGAACAAGGCCCAAUCUUUGUCAAGGGUUAAACACGAAUAUUGCUACUCUUGUCUCUCGUCAAGUAAGACCUUGCCAGGAAAAAGUAGGAUUUAGGGAAGUACCAAUCAGUGCAGCAACAGAAGCUGACAAAGCUUACCUCAACAUAUCUAAUUUGUAUGCUGCCAAGCAAGUAAGGUUCAAAAUCCCAAAUAGCGACUGGUUGGUGGAGAAUCAGUGGGUUGACAGAGGGGAUAAGAAUUCUGUUAUCACGGUAAAGAAGUUUGAAAUUUUCUUGCCAACUAUGAGUGGAAUACGAAAGAGAGUCAAUGUUGAAGCAAAAUCAGAGGGGAGGAACCAACUGGUGCCGAAUGGCAAAACAUAUACGAUCAUCCCAAGCAAGAAUUUGAAGUUUGAAUACCUCGAGGGUGGUAGCAAUGAAGGUUGCCGACAAGAAACGUUUCAAAAUCCUUAUGAUACAUCAAAGCCCGAAAUCUGUCCGGUGAAUAUGGAGGAAGAUAGAUGUCUGGAUCUCUUGGAGAAAACAGCUUUGUAUCCCUCUGUCUAUGCCGACUGGAAAGUGUCUAUCUCUGGUUAUGAAUCAGAUGCAGUUCCACAAUUGGCCAGCGAUUUCAAAUUGAAAGUUGGAAUUACACUCUGUGUCGCAAAUGGUUCCAACAAAAAGAAGAAAAAGAAAACGCUUAGAAGCCUAAAGAAAAAGGCAAAAAGAAGCAAAGCUGCUUAAGUAACUUUCAUUGCAUGAAAUUUGCAAAAAUAAUGAUCUUCUAUCCUUUUGAUUCAUGCUCAAUCUGCCUACGAAAAUUGAUUGUGCUUCAUUUGAAAAGAAAGUUGAUUCAAAUAAUUAUAAAACUAUUUUGAAGCCGA